ACACGACGAGUUGCUGAUUGCCCUGCACACAGUCCAGGAUGCAUUCGUUGCCCACGAGGGCCACCGGGACCACGUGGACCGUUGGGACAAGUGGGACCUCGUGGCAAUUCAGGGCGACCGGGACUGCGCGGCCUGACAAAAGCGGGUCGUCCAGGACCAGCAGGACCUGUGGGACAGAGGGGAUCUGAUGGAAACCGUGGUUCUGCAGGUAGACCUGGUGUUCCGGGUAAGGACGGGGUAAGAUAUCGUAAAUCGCGAGGAAACCCUGGUAACCGUGGAACGCCAGGCUCGCGUGGGGCUAUGGGAGCACGUGGCUUUAAUGGAAAAGCGGGACUUCCAGGACCAAGAGGGCGACCAGGAAUGGCUGGGCAACCAGGACGACGCGGUUCAGACGGACGGCCAGGCAAGCCAGGACACCCUGCGCUGCCUGCAGCAGAUGGAACGGUAGCUGCCCUUCGCCCUCCAAAGGACACUUCUGAUGACGGUUCCCCCAAUGAAUUGUACCUGGCUUUUACUGAAAUAUGUACACAAGCGAAUAAUAUAUUCUUUAUAUCGUUGUGA